CCUUCCAAGAUGAUCAGUACUUUAACAAGUCAUUGUCAGUUCUGUCUACACUACACAAACUUUUGGCUUCAUCCACAUUACAAAUAGAGAUUGCUCAAACCGAAAAGCUUAUAAACUCCAACAUCAUAGUUUACUUGAUAAAGGUAUUCGACUCCGAAACUACAGAUCAUAUAAUUGUAAAGCGUCGGUAUAGUGAGUUUAAGUCCUUUCGGGACAACUUAUUGAAGCUUUACCCGACAAAGUUGAUUCCUCCUAUCCCUGAAAAGCAUUCACUACUCUCAUAUGUGUUAAAUUCUAUCAAUGCAAAUAAUGAAGUGGAACUAAUUGGCUUCAGGAAGAGAUUUUUUAACCAGUUCAUGAUUGACUUAAUAGCUGUUCGAUUCCUCAAUUCUUCUCCUUUUCUACAGAAAUUCUUGGACCCAAACUACGAAUUAUGCUGGAAUAAUGCAUUAAACGAGCUGCCCAUAAGCAAUCUACCCAAAAGCCUUUUACUAUCUAAUCCCUUAGAUCCAACAGAUCAAAAUGGUCUCUAUUUGUUACUACCCAAAAUUAACAGCUUUCAUAACAACAAUUUACUGGAGUUGUAUAAACUCAACUUGGAUCCAUUGAGCCACAUGAAUGAUUCUUUAUUGCGAUUGAGCAAUCAAAUAAAUUUUGCUAAGUUCCCAGUCAACGAGUUUGUCACUAUUCCGACAAAUAUCAUCAAUUUUGAGACGUACAUUCUUCACAACCUCAAAAUCUUGAAGAAUCUUCACAAGUAUAAUGCUGGUCAUAUCAAGAAUUUCAAAUUGUUAUUGUCAAUAAUGAUUAAUUUGGGAGGCAAUUUGAACAACUUUUCCUUGGAGAUAUAUGAGCUAAACACUCACCUCAGUAACCUUAUUGAAAAGUUUGGAUCUAUCAUUGAUCUUAACUUUUUGAACUUUGAAAACUUCUUGUUUGAGAACUUUAUACCCCAUUGGCACGAAACUAUCACUCAGCUUUAUCAAUAUUUUAACAUUGCAUUAAACUUGCUCAACUUUUACAAGUAUAAGAUUUUGCAAUUUAAGAUCCUUUUCAACACGAAGUUUGCAAUCUUUAACCAAUUGACCAAUUUGAAUACUUCUUUGAGUGUCAAUGAUUUAAACCAUUUGAAUGAGUUAAAUUCACCCUCCAUUAAUAAUUUGGUUAAGAGCUACCAGUCUAGAGGACUGUUACGGACAAAGAAGUCUUGGUUUAGAGUAUUCGGAGGUAGUAAUGCCACUGCUGCUAGUAGUCUACCCUCUCCAGCUUUGUCAGCCAAGGCCAACAAUUCUAGUUCAACACCUUCUACACCCGACAAUCCUGAUGCUCGGAUAAAAAUUGAAUACUUAGAACGGGAAUUGAAUAAGUUGGAUCAGUUGAUUGAUUUGAUGAAUCAUGAUUUAGUAAGUUUAACGAAGGAAAUCGACCAUAACUUAGGAGAAUUUGCCAAACUUAUUGAGAAAAAGUGGUUGGAGGUUUUUCUAAAUUUUAUACAAUCCACCAAACAGUUGUUCAUUGAAAAUUUGAGCAAUUGGCAGGAAUUCAAAGAUGCUUUUGAAUGUUAGCAUGGUUUCUAUAUAUAUAAGUUCGCAUCAAAUUCUGGUUCGCGAUUUUCUAAAAAAGUAGUUCGUUUUGUUUUACAUCGAGUGGCAAUAAUGUCGGCAAUGGAUAUUGAUAAUGAUAUUUCCACAGUGUUGGGAAACAUCAGGCAAGAAACAGAAGUUGAAGAAUUGAUAAACUUGACAUAUCAGUUAGAAGAUUAUUCGGAAAGAAAAUUAUGGCAUCAAUUAACCAUCACUUUGGAAGAUUUCUUCAAGAUCUGUUCAAAUGAUUUGAAAGUGCAGUUAUUCAACCAAUUUAUAAACAGAUACACAAAGAAGCUUAACGCCAUCAGAUUGACUGAUUUAUUAUUACAGGCUUUUAGCGAUGACAACGAAGUAUGCCUUGAAAAUUUGUUGGAAUUGAAGUCCAAGGUCAACGAAGAUUAUGAGAGUUUGGUGUACAUAAACCUCCAAAUUUCUAGAUUUUACAUCUUAAUUAACAAGUUGGAAGAAAGCACUAAGAUUUUGGACGAAUUGGAGUCCAAAUUCAACUCCAUAAAUAACGAGUUUAACUCCAAAAUCAACUCCGCCUACUAUUUGACUAAAUGCCAGUACUACAAGUACUUGGAAAAUUACAAUUCAUUUUACUCCAAUGGCUUAUUGUACUUAUCCACGUUAGACGACUUGGACAGCAUCAACAAAUUAGAUUUUGGAUUUGAUUUGUCUAUCAGUGCUUUAUUAGGUGACAAGAUUUAUAACUUUGGAGAGUUGAUCUUACAUGAUAUCUUGAAUAGCUUGAAAGAUUCUGAUUACGAGUGGUUAUAUGAUUUGAUCAUGUACUUGAAUUCUGGUAACUUGAAAGAAUUCAACACCAGUUUGGCCUCUAGUUCAAAGAAAUACCCAAAGUUAGAAGCACAUGAAGUAUUCUUGAAGCAAAAAAUUAUCAUAAUGUGUUUGGUGGAAUUGAUUUCUGUCAAGUCAACCUUGAAUAAGCAGUUGAGCUUCAAGAAAAUUAGUGAGUUUACAGGCGUGGAUUCCAAUGAUAUUGAACACUUAAUAAUGAAAUGCUUCUCUUUAAAGUUGAUCAAAGGUUACAUUAACCAAAUCGAUGAGGUAUUGACCAUAACCUGGUUACAGCCAAGAAUUCUUAACUUAGACCAAAUCAAAACCUUGUCCGACCAUCUCGACAAUUGGGAUAGUCAAGUUGAAAGCUUAUCCAAACAGGUGUUCACUAGCGGGGGGUCUGUUUGGGCAGGUGUAUAGAUUGGCAGGAUCAUAAUAAAAUAAAGAGAUUUUUAAUCACGU